AAGUAGCUUACCUCUUAUCCUCUCAUCAUAAGCAAAGUGAACAAAGCUUCGGGUUUUCUGCAAAGAGAAAAAGAAAAUGAAGUUACUAGGUUGGAUGCACCGUAAGUUCCGGCAGAAUAGCAGUGAGCCGCUGAAGGAUUUUGCCAUUGGUCAUGCUUGCAAUUGUCUUAUAGGACAGCCAUCAUUAGACGACCAACAUUACUACCCAAAGCCAAAUUAUGGUGCCAGGUCAUACAAACAAGCCCAGAAAGAACACCUUCGAAAAUCUUUUGCUGGUAUGGAAGCAGCAAGAAUUGAAGAAGAAGAAGAAGAAGACUAUGAAGAGGAAUCAUCAGCUGCCAUAUCUGAGCUAUUCCAUGGUUUUCUAGCAAUUGGCACCUUAGGUUCAGAGCCAGUGCAUACCAAUCCCUCAACACCAACAUUUGCCAUCUCAGUUGAGAACAUAACUGAAAAAGAGACUGAAGUAACUGAGAAUGAAUUGAAGCUCAUCAAUGAUGAGUUGGAGAAGGUUCUGGGUGCAGAAGCUAGAGAAGACUAUUGCAAUGAUUCAUCAGGAAGAAACAGUUAUGUUAGUGCAGGGAGAAGCAGUCACGGUAGCACCAUAACCCUUAGUGGCAAACCAAUGGAAGGCCAAGAGACCAAUGGGACAACAGUCUGCCCACUACAGGGAUAUCUUUUUGGAUCUGCAAUUGAACUAUCAGAAACAACAACUGCGGCAAAGAAGGAAAAUAGGACAUCGCUUGGUGAGCUUUUUCAGAGGAGUAAAAUAGCAGAAGAGAAUUUUGGGGGAAAAUAUGAGAGGGAUGAGAAGCGCAUGGAGAAAGAAGCUGAUAAAUCUGCUGUACAUCUCAUGAAAAAGAUGCUGAAGAAGAAAAUGCUCCAUGCUUCUUCUAGGAACUCUACUGGAAGUGGUGGUGGAACUGUUGAUUCUGCAUCAGCAGAAACGAAACUGCACAAGAUCCUACAUAUGUUCCACAGGAAAGUUCAUCCUGAAAGCUCAACCUCCACACAAAAGGCAGAUAAACCCCAAAAAAAUGACAAUAAGAAGAACGCCAACAAUGCGGGGCACAACAAUGGAGGCCAGAUGCUCCCAGAUGAAGAAAUCACAGUACUUCCUCAGAGAGCUCUUUCAAAGCGGAGCAUAAGACGCUACAAGAGUCAAUCUAACCCACCCCAAUUCACUCUUAGCAGCAGUGAAUCAAAUGGGAGCAGGGAAUGCUGGAUAAAAACUGAUGCAGACUACCUAGUGCUGGAGCUCUAAAAGGCAGAUGAGCAACAAAGCAUGGUUCUGAAAUGUUAUCUUCAUUUUAAUAAGUACUUUUCUGUUUCUAUGGGUGAUAGUCAAUAGUACUAUAUAAGUGAUUGUGGUAUGGUGGAACAAUCAAAUAAAAGAGGCAGUCUUCUCCCAAAAAAGCUGCCUUCAAACAAUUUAUGUGUAAUGUAAUGGAUGUCGUUUAUAUUUGAAAGGAAACUGUGCUGCAUUCAUAUUGUA